UAGUACUUUUUCCUCUCUCCUUAAUACUGGAUUUCUGUCUAACACAGAGGCCUGUUUCAUGGAAGCUGAAGAUGCCUGUGCCUUGUCUGUAGAGCUUGGGCACAGGAUGAGUGAGGAAGCUGGAUUUGGUGUCCGUGGCUGAGAUGAAGCUAUGGUCCAACUGCCUGACCAUUUCAGGGCUGCCCAGAUGUUAAAGCAUUUUGUUAAGGGCAUUGUCCAAAUGUCCCUUAAACAGUGUCAGUCAUAGGGCAUCAACCACCUCUCUAGGAAGCCUGUGCCAUUGUUUGACCACCCUCUCAGUAAAGAAAUGCUUCCUAAUUUCAGGUCUUAACGUCCCCUGGCACAGCUUUGAACCAUUCCCAUGCUUUCUAUCACUGGAUAACUGGGAGAUCAGCACCUCCACCUCCACUUCCCGUCCCCAGGAAGAUGCAGUGAGCAAUGAGGCCCCAAAACAGAUGGGACCAAUCCCACUUUAUGAAUCCCCAUUGGCCAUUAGAAGUUACCUACUGAGGGGAAGAGCAUGUUUCUGAGCUGCACAAAACCCACAUUCCUCAGGACUCAACACGCCAGCUCAGUUCGGCUUUAGAAGAGCUACAGGCACAUAACAGAGCCCCAAAGAGCGGCAGGGUCGUGUUUCAGCAGCAUUCCGUACCUUUCUCUAUGGAUCGGGGCAAACGUGUCCUGCUUUCAGAUGUCUGCUUUUGAGAGCGCUGCCUCUGGACUCCGCAGGGCUCUUCCCACGAUGUGCCAUGGGUCCACCCUGAGAGCUUCACUCUGCUUCCUGGUGCUGACUUCUGAAGCUCUCUAUGUUUCUUUCCAUUUCAUGUAACAAAACUAGUCCUUUCCAAAUACAAAGGGAGGAAGGGCGGGGCUAGGUGUCAUGAUUUGAAACUCAAAAUACUACUAAUGCCAGAACCACUUCCCGACGAAGGCAACCACAUCAAGGUCACCACCUUACAUUUAACAUGCUACUAUCAAAAGAUCAAUGAGAAGUAGGUUCCCCUUCUCAUACAGGAUUUUCUGUAUGAAAGAAAGAGCAAAGAACUUCCUCCUGAAGGUUAGAGAGGGGCGGGAGCUAUGAGUUGUUAUCAGUCCGGAGUACCAUUUUAAAAACAGCAGCGAGAGGAAACACGAAGGGGGAGCAAGAAUGUCAGAAAAUCGCAUUUACGCUGACUUGAACAUGACCGAACCAACCAGGCCCAGGCUGCAGAAGGUCACUGAUGUCCAAGGUAAAAGCUGUUCCUCCAGAACACGUGUCGCUGUAUUUGUUGCUGUGAUAAUUCUCCUACUCGUCUUGGCAGUGUGUCUGAUACUCAUGUACCGUCCAACGGCAAGCAGCCCAGCUGACUCAAAAGCGUUCUCCAACAACUCUGAAGAUGCACGAGAGACUGGCACGCAUCCCCAGUGGUCGGGUGAAAAUGACAAGCAGAAACGCACACGCUGCCCCCAAAACUGGGAAAAACAUGGGGAAAAAUGCUACUUCUUCUUUCAAACGCAGGAAAUCAAAGACUGGAAUACCUCCCGUAAAGAAUGUACUGACAUGAAUUCAGACCUGGUGGUCAUUGACACCAAGGAUGAACUGGAUUACCUUUUGUUACGAUCAAAAGCUAAUUACUACUUACUUGGUCUCACAUACUCUGAGAGCGAGAAGAAGUGGAAGUGGAUUAACAACAUGGAACAUAGCACAGACAUGUUUAAUAUAGAAGGAGACUUUACUGACUAUUUCUGUACUGUCAUUGGACAUGAAAAAGUAGAAACUGCACCUUGUGGUGGAUCCUCAACAACACAAAAUAUGUGUGAGAAAGCUGCAAAUCUUUUAGAAGAGCAGAAGGAGAACUGAACCCAGUAGGGUUCAGGCAGGUCAUCCCCAGCUUCCUGCAGGAACGGCAGAUGGGAUUUCUCUCCUUUAUCUUUAGCCGUCUAAAAAUCUAGUCAAAGGGUCUCACAGGCUCCCUCUAGACACCUUGCCAAGCUUAGCAUGUUCUUUCCCCAGGUGGGUGUCGAAGACUGCAUGAAUCCCCCUCUAGAGGAGCAUGCAUUUCCACACAUUAUACAGCACAGAGCAUGGCUAGUAGAAGCAAUAUCAUUCAUUUUCAAUGGCAUUUCAAAAAUAGCCCGGACACAAGCCAAUAAGGAUGAAGAUUCUGACUUUCUUUUCUUUCUCUUUCUUAUUUCAAAUUGAAAACCUGAAAGCAGCAAUUUCAGCUGUGCUGUAAUUCAACUGGAUGCUGUGAAUGAACUGUCUUGUGCUCUCCUGCCCUGUUAGAUGACAAAAGUAUACUCAACUCCAAUAUAGGACAGGAGUCUGGGAUAGGAGACAAUGCCAGACCUGAAAAUUAGCCACAGGGACAGGUACCUAUAGACAAGCACAUUCCUACAGAUUAAUAAGAACAUGGAUAGCAUCACUGCUUAAUGGUUUAGGAAGUUCCUUGGAAAUGGAUCUGACUGUGGCAGGUGAAACUGCGCUGAGUUGGCAGUGAAAUGUAGAGAUUACAAUUUUCUAUAGCUAUCUAUCACAGACAAUGAAGAUUUUUGUCAUUAAGCUCAAUGAUAUGAGAAGAGCAACGCAUGACUGUUUCUGUAACAGUUUCUUCCUGUCUCAGUGUAUUCUAGAUAAAGCUCUUAGGAAAUUCAUCCUGAAACAAACCACUUUGUAUGAGGAUGUACGUUGAGAAAUUACUGAUGGAGAGCGUCAGAAAGGAGAAAAUGUAGAAGAAGCUUCAAGAGCAGGAACAUAAGCUGUAUCCAAGGGUAUUUUUAAAAUCUCCUCUAAAACUGUCCUCAGAAGUACCCAUCACCACUCCCCCUAUUUGCAGUGGCAGAGAUUUUUGAUAGGCAAAUACCUUUACCCUACAGAUAGCCACACUCAGGAUUCUCACUGCAUUUCAUCUUAAGAGAGAGAGAACUCUUACAGCAUGUCAAUACUUUAGCUGAUUCAUAAUAGUUCAGGAUUCCUGCUUGAAAUUUACAAGUUGCUUUUGACCAUAAGGAUAAUACCAUGUAAGAGUAGGGUGCCAUUUUUCUUUUCAAUCAUUUGAUUUGUACUGUAUCUUUCAUUGUUUCUUAGUGCAUUAAGUUUAAUUCCUUUUAUUUACAACACAAACACUCACAACACACCUUGAAUUCCUCAUUCUCAUUUCCUUCUCUUGCAUUGCAAAAUUCAAGUUUUGCAACCGAGAAGAAAACAUAGUGUCUGUGAGACAAUGGACAAUCCUACAUGGUUCUUUCCCCAGGUGGGUGUCGGAGACUGCAUGAAUCCCUCUCUAGAGGAGCCUGCAUUUCCACACAUUAGGAGUCUGGGUGACUUGCUCAUACCAGACGCCUGAGUUUCAGGCAGCCCCUGUUAGGUGAUAGGAGUCCAGCCUCGGUGAUAGGGGUGAUCACAAACAGAUCCUGUCUCUCACAGACACAUGCCUAUACACCCAUAAAUUCUCAGCCCUGCCUGUGCUCAAGGAGACACUUCAAAGCCUUGCCAUGCACUGGUCUUCCCUGCAGCCACAAGUGAAGGUUAACACAUACUUCUAAUUUGGGUCCUCUAGAAAAGUGCAACCAUGCUCAUUGCCAUGUGGAUAUGAUUGACAGGACAAAGUCAAAUGUGUGUGUGUAUAAACCUUACUCUGUAAAAGGUUGUCUCUGUUAAAAAUCACAACCUCAAUAGCAGACAGCUCCUACAGGUCAGUCCCAGUGAAAUUCCAGAGCAGCAAGGAAGCAAAGAGAAUAAGAAAAGCAGAAGUGAGAAAACUCAUGGCUUGAGAUUAAGCCAGUUUCAUGUGUGAAAGUAAGAGGAAAAAAACAAGGGAUGCAAAAGCAGUCACUCCCUCCCUCCCGCAAGCAAACUGAUGCCCAGUCAGUCUCUGAGCGACAGCCACCUUGAAAGCCAGCCUCCCCCCACCUUCUUUCAUUGAUGAGUAAGACAUGAUAUGGUAUGAAAAAAACCACUUUGGUCAAUUUGGGUCAGCUGUGCUGGCUGUUUCUCCUCCCACCUUCUUGCCUACUCAUGGCAGACGGAGGCAGGGGGCAGAGUAGGGAAACAAGAAAGCCUUGAUGCUGUGGAAGCACUGUUCAGCAGCAGACAAAUAUUAGUGCGUUAUCAAAACUGUUUCAGCCACAAAUCCAAAACACUGCACCGUACAGGCUGCUGUGAAGAAAGUUAACUCCAUCCCAGCCAUGCCCAGUACAAUCUCCACCCCUUAUUCCCUAUCAUUUGCAUCAUGCUCAUAUGCCAUCAUCAACACCCACCCCAUCCUUUGAUAUAAACACAGAUGUCAUUCCCCUAAGUCUACAGGCCAUCCUCCUCAAAUGUUGAUUCCAAUAUCCACUCAAAUAUCCAUUAAAGUCUGUUCAGUUAAUUAGUCCAUAACUUGGGCUCCAUCUGUUACGGUGUCGCUCAGGACAGGAGAGGUGGCGUGUUGUCAUGGCUUGUUGGGUGCUAAAUACAGUCUGGGAAGGGUUAUUGCUCUGUUGAUUUUGUUGUCUUAGUUUUUAAAUAAACCUUAGCUUUGCCAUUUGGGAUUCUUUUAUCAUCUUUUACCACACCCACUGCAAGGAAAAAGUGGA